AUGAGUCCUAAUAUUAGUGCUGUCUUCAAGCCACAACUCCCUCUAAAGUGUAGAGAUCCGGGGGCAUGUACCAUUCCUUGUCAAAUAGGGAAUGUGUUUGUUCAAGAAGCCUUGAUUGACCUAGGGGCAGCUAUCAAUGUGAUGCCCACUCACAUUUAUUCUUCCCUUAAUCUUGGUGGUCUUCAAGAUUGUAGUGUCAUCUUGCAACUAGCCGACCGGAGCACUAGGAAGCCUAAGGGAUUCUUGGAAGACAUCUUAGUGAAGGUCAAGGACUUGGUUUUUCCAGCAGAUUUUUAUGUGUUGGACAUGCAAGAAGGAGGUCAAGGCACACUCAUCCUUGGGAGACCUUUUAUGAUGACAUCAAGUACUAUAUUGAACAUGAAGGAAGACCUUGAGCUUGAGAAGCUUCCAUGGAUGAAUGAAGAUGAAGAAGUUGCAAUCUGGAAAUCUGGACAAGAGAUGGACGAAAAUGCAAGCUGGAAUGGAGAAGAAAGUGGACAAAAAUCUGAAUAGAGAAGGAAUGAUGAUCUGGACCAAGUGUUGAUGAUGGAAGAUGAAGAAAUGAAAUCUGAAAAACGGAUGAACAGUGCUGGACGAAAAUGA